AGACAGUGAGGUGUCUGUCUGUGCAAGGGGUUUUGUAUUGGUUGGCUGUAAAGGGAGUUGCAGCCUCAGUACCACAUUGUGAGCUCAGUGUACAGGAGGGGAGCAGAGAGGCUUGUUACUGUUGCCGUUGCUGCCUUUGUUUUAAGGAUCAUUGUUAACACAUCGGUCCAACCCGGAGUGGAACAAAUAUCAAAAUACUAAUUCUGAAGGAGAAAGUAAAAGCGAUAUCGAUGUACCUGAGAGGAGGCGCAGGGGUGCUUCUGCCACUGCUGUUUGCAGCUUUGCAGAUUCCCAUUGAAGGCAGUGGAUCCCAGUUGUGCAACACUGGAUUUUCAGAAGAUGAGUACAAUGCAGCUGUGUCUGGGAGUGUACUUGAAGGCCAGCCUCUUCUAAAUGUGAGAUUUGUAGACUGUGGAAGGAAUGGACGACUUCGGUAUGAAACCACUGACCCAUCAGACUUUAGGAUAGGAGAUGAUGGAGUGGUUUAUGCUGCAAGAAACGUCCACAUUUCCUCCAAGCAGACUACGUUUUCUGUGAAAGCAUGGGAUACCGAAACCCAGGAGCAAUGGCAGGCAGCAGUGAGACUGACCCCCAGGCUGGCACACAGUGAAAAGCAUCAGAAUGGCAAGAAAUCCAGUGCCCCAGAGUUCCCCCAGCAGAUCCGAGAAAUUGUAUUUCCACAGCAACACCCGGACCGUAGUGGUCAGCUGAAGCGCAUGAAGAGAGAUUGGGUCAUCCCCCCAAUCAAUGUGGCAGAAAACUCCCGAGGCCCUUUUCCACUAGAGCUUGUUAGGAUCAGGUCAGAUCGGGACAAAAACCGCUCCCUGCGCUACAGUGUCACAGGACCUGGAGCAGACCAGCCUCCUACUGGGAUCUUCAUCAUUAAUCCAAUUUCAGGAGAACUGUCUGUGACUAAGCCUUUGGAUCGAGAGCAAAUAUCUAACUUUCAUCUGAGGGCACAUGCAGUGGAUCUGAAUGGAAACCAGGUGGAAAAUCCCAUUGAUAUUGUCAUCAAUGUGAUAGAUAUGAAUGACAACAGGCCUGAAUUUCUGCACCAAAUCUGGAAUGGAACUGUUCCUGAAGGGUCAAAGCCAGGAACUUAUGUUAUGACUGUCACUGCUAUUGACAAGGACGAUCCCAAUUCUCACAAUGGUAUUCUGAGAUACAAGAUCCUGUCCCAGAAUCCUGAAAGCCCUUCUUCAAACAUGUUUACUAUAAACAAUCAGACUGGAGACAUUAUCACUGUAGCAGCAGGACUUGACAGAGAGAAAGUACCACAAUACACGUUAAUAAUUCAGGCGACGGAUAUGGAGGGAAACCCGACAUACGGCCUCUCUAACACGGGAACUGCUGUUAUCAAAGUCACAGAUGUCAACGACAACCCUCCUGAGUUCACAGCUCGAACUUUCUAUGGAGAAGUGCCAGAAAACAGAGUGAAUGUUAUUGUUGCCAACUUAACAGUUACUGAUAAGGACCAGCCCAAUACCCCUGCCUGGAAUGCAGUCUACAGAAUAACAGGUGGUGAUUCUACAGGAAGAUUUGCCAUUCCAACUGACCCAAACAGUAAUGAAGGCUUGGUUACUGUUGUCAAGCCCAUUGACUAUGAGACCAGUCGGAUGUUUGUGCUAACUGUGGUUGCGGAAAAUCAAGUGCCUCUGGCAAGGGGCAUCAAUCUUCCUCCUCAGUCAACGGCAACUGUCUCCAUUACAGUUAUUGACAUGAAUGAGAGUCCCUAUUUUAAUCCAAACCCCAAGCUUAUCAAACAGGAAGAAGGCUUGCCAGCUGAAACAAUGUUAACAAGCUUCACUGCCCAGGAUCCUGAUCGCUAUAUGCAGCAAACAAUGAGGUAUUCAAAACUGUCGGAUCCUGCAAAUUGGUUGAAAAUUGAUGCUGUUAGUGGACGAAUAUCUACAAUCGCAAUUCUGGACAGGGAGUCUCCAUAUGUGAAAAAUAAUUUUUACAAUGCUACCUUCCUUGCAUCAGAUAGUGGAGUUCCUCCUGCAAGUGGAACUGGGACACUGCAGAUUCUCCUGAUGGAUAUCAAUGACAAUGCUCCACGUGUGUUUCCUGAAGAGGCAGAGAUCUGUGAAAAGCCUGAGCCCAAUGCCAUCAACAUUACAGCAAUUGAUGGGGACAUUGACCCCAAUUCUGGCCCCUUUGCCUUUGAACUUCCUUAUAAGCCCUUCGAUGUAAAGAAGAACUGGACCAUUACCCGUCUGAGUGGUGAUUAUGCUCAACUAAGUCUCCAGAUUGGUUAUCUUGAAAGUGGAAUCUAUGAGCUCCCUAUAAUAAUCACAGACUCUGGCAAUCCGCCCAAGUCCCACACAUCCAUCCUUCGAAUAAAGGUGUGCCAGUGUGACCAUAAUGGAGACUGUGCUGACGUGGAGCGGAUCGUUGCUGCUGGUCUUGGGACGGGAGCUAUCAUUGCCAUUCUGCUCUGCAUCAUUACCUUGCUCAUUCUUGUCCUGCUGUUUGUGGUUUGGAUGAAGCGCCGUGACAAGGAACGCCAAGCCAAGCAGCUGCUGAUCGAUCCUGAGGAUGAUGUUCGUGACAACAUCCUGAAAUACGACGAGGAGGGUGGUGGAGAGGAGGACCAGGAUUAUGACCUGAGCCAGCUUCAGCAGCCUGAUACGGUGGAGCCGGAUGCCAUCAAGCCUGUUGGAAUUAGACGUCUUGAUGAGAGACCAAUCCAUGCAGAGCCACAAUAUCCAAUAAGAUCAGCUGCUCCACACCCUGGGGACAUUGGUGACUUCAUUAAUGAGGGACUCAAGGCAGCAGACAAUGACCCGACAGCUCCACCCUAUGACUCUCUGCUGGUGUUUGACUAUGAAGGCAGUGGAUCUACAGCAGGCUCUUUGAGUUCCCUGGCCUCUUCCAGUAGUGGAGGCGACCAGGACUAUGAUUACCUGAAUGACUGGGGACCGCGUUUUAAGAAACUUGCAGACAUGUAUGGUGGAAGUGAUGACUAAUUGAACCUUGAAGUGGAACCUUUUUUAUGGGACAAGGACAGCUUCUUAAAACCGAUAUUCCCAAAGGCAAAACAAAAGGCUAGGCUUUAACUUUGUAGUCUACUAGCACAGGUGCUUGAUGAAGGAUUUGGCAUAGGCUACAAUCCAAUUCCAGCUCACAGGGAAUAUCGGUAAACUGACACUGUUUUGGAUCGUUGAUAUUAAGAGCGCUCAGUUACACUUGAAUUUUACAGUACAGAAGCACUGGGAUGCUAUGUGCCUUUUUGUACAUUUUUGGAUCUGAUUUAAUUAGUUUUAUGUUCAAGGCUUUAAUGGUACUGACUUUUUGAGUGAUUACGAAUUUGAGAAAGUAUGUUAAACUAUGGUAUGCUUCUACAUGCUUUUUGGUUAUCCCAUACUGCUGUUUGUUAAAUAUGAUAUAAAAAACAAAAAAAAAAAAAAAAAACAAUCUGUAAGUACUUACCAGUAACUGAUGGAAACAUCCAUUAGUUAGCUUGGAGGGGGAAGUAAAACCUGAAAACAGCAAUGUACAGUGCGCUAGACUUUAGAUAGUUUUUCACUAAAAAUUAAAUUGGCUUGGUUGCAAAUAAAGGGACUGUCAUAAAUCACCAUUUUGUAGCAGAAUCAGUUUUUUUUGUUUGUUUUUCUGAAGUGGUAUAGUAUUUUACAAAAAUGUUCAUUUUGUUCUAAUCCAUGUACACUUUGUUAUUUGCCUUAGUCAGCCUAUGGUACUUUUAAUUUUUACUUCACUGUAAAGAAACUGCGUGUACAUAAUGUUUUUUGACGUAGUGCAAAAAGAUCCGAACUUACAUGUAGAAUUUGGACUACGGAUUCAAGUCUUUUGCAUGUUUUUAUCUUUUCAUUAUAAACAUAUUUCCAAAAUUGAUUUUACAAAAAGACAUUGACACAAUGGGUUAAAUGGAAUGGAAGGUGAGAAGAAACCUUUUGUAAAAAUUAGCAAAUCUUAUUAGCACAACUGUUUGAAUUUGUACCAAAAAGGCGGUGUUAUGACACUAGUAGCACUAAUAAAUGAAACGGCUUUAAAACUGGAAAGCUUUUUGACUGCAGCUUUGCAGAUCUGUACCAGAAUACAAAUUAUGCAUCUCCUGACCCCAACAAUCUGAAUAAAAUACUAAUUUUGGAGCAAG